AUGGCACCGCCCCUUUGCAACGCUAGAAACAUAGUGACCGGUGCAGCAGCCAAUAGAUGUCAUCACUGUGGGUACUGCAAGAAGAAGAUUUCCUCCAGAUGCUUCAAGAGACUCCACCUGGCGAACUGUACUGAAACCCACCCUGCCACGGGAAGAGAAUGCGGAGAGAGAUUCCUGGUCCGAUCUAAAGGAGGAUGCAUGCGCAAGGGCCACUCUUACCGCGACGGCGCCAACAAGGCCAUCCAGAUGCAAUUUCGCGAGAUGUACCUAGGCAUGGCCCCAUGGGACGAUGAUCUCCCCGAGGACAACGAGGGACUUGCGAAGAAUGACGCCGAUGAUGACUCCGAGGACAGUGGGAAGCUCGAGGUCAUCGUGGAGGAAGAAGAGACCGAGGAUGGCGUGCUCUUGACCUUCAGCCAGGGUCGCAGCCCUUUCGAGAAGUGGGACAAGAAGCCGGCGACUCCCAAGGAUACAGAAAAGGAAUCGACUCCUCCAAAGGACAAUUCUGGGCGCAAGUCGAGGAGGCAGGCACUGGCGGUAACUGCCCAGGACUUCAUCAAACGCAAGAAAUAGGCCAAAGGCUGAGUUGAAUAUGCUUGAGACUUGAAAGAUAAGAGUCGG